AAAGCCAAACACACCGAAAGAUACCUAGAGUCCAACUGAUCAAGCUUUUUCUCUCUGCUGUAUACAGAGCUCACCAAGGCAUACCACGGCUGGGAUUUACUUUGGCUGCAGGGACAGAACACUUUUUAACUCACCCAGACAGCGCACAAAGAAACACACACUCUAUAUACACUAAUUUCUGAGCUGCUUACCUCCUCUAACACUUUUUGUUAGUAGUGUGAGCUCCCAGUCCGGUAUCCUGCUGAUUUGCCUGGUGGACAGCCAAGUAGUUGGAGAGCCGGUGAUGUCGUGGGACUGUGGCCUGAGGUACAUGUUCUCCGUGUCCCCUGCGCUGCAGCAGGGGAGCAUGUGCAUCCUGCAUGACAAGGAGGACCUGUCCAGAUUGGAGAUGGUCCAGAGACUGGCAAAAGAUGGCUGCCGAUUUCUGCAGAACCACAGCAAGGGCCCGGAGAGGACGUGUGAGCCCCAGAGUGACGAGGCAGUCCGUGUGUGUCUGAGGGAGAGGGGCCACGAUGUGCUCGUUCUCCAGAGAGUGUCGUCAGAGCGGCCAGCCCUCUCUGCAUCGGCGAGGGGAGGAGGGAGGGAGGAGGACUCAUCCACUGACUCUGCUGUGUCUGACAGGUACGUGGUGGUGUCAGGGACCCCAGAGAGGAUCCUGGAACACUUGCUGAAUGACCUGACACUGGAAGAUGACCAGGGGACAGCACAGGUCAAAGAGUCAGAUACACUUCUGGAUGACUUUCUGCUGACCUACCCGGUUUUCAUGUCAACCAGUGAUUUAUGUCAAGCUCUGCUGGGACACUAUUGCACCAAGCGAUGCAGAGGGAAAGAGGACAGGAAGGAGGCACUGGAGAGGAAGCGAAAAGUCCUGCACCUGGUGUCACAGUGGAUGUCUCUCUGCAAAGACUUCCUCAGAGAAGAUGAACAUGUCAAACUGUUCAUGAAGACUUUGUGUCGUUACGUGUUGGAUGAUCUUUAUGAGCACCCGGCCCUGGAGACGGAUGUGAGACAACUGCAGAAAAUCUACCAGCUGCAUCGCAGACACACGGUGGAUGAAUAUUCCCCUCACAGAAAGAGCAAAGCACUUUUCCACCAAUUGAGCCUGAAAGAGAACGGGCUCCAGUCCAGAGGCACACAGAGGGAGACCAAGGAAGCGAUUUGUCGUGUCUAUAUCACCAUGGACUCGUACCUAAGUAUGAGGGCCCAUGCUGGUGUAGUGGCCCAGGAGCUGCUGCUGGCAGUGGCAGAAAGGAUGGAUGUCCCCCAGGGGGAACUAGUACUUGUGGCCAUGACUUAUCCUGGAGGAAGGCUCCUCCUGCAGCCUCAGGACAGAGUUUUCUCCGACUCUUUACGGCCGGUGGGGAGGUUGCACACGUGCAGGAAGGACCUGGGAGAAGUCCUGUAUCCAUUCACAGACAACACAGAGCUGCAACAGAGGACAGCUCGCAUGCUCAGUUUAAACACAUGGGACGUGGCCGUUGCCCUCACCAACUUUGACUGGACCAUCUUUGACUCAAUACAUGAGCAAGAACUGGUCUACUUCACAUUCAGUCGCCAUGCCAGCAGUAACCACACUGUGGCGUUAGAGCUGCUGCUGCAGCGCUGCAAUGAAGUCCAGUUGUGGGUGAUGACUGAGGUGCUGCUGUGCCCGACGCUCUGCAAAAGGGUCCAACUCAUCAAGAAGUUCAUUAAGAUCGCUGCCCACUGUAAAGCACAGAGGAACCUCAACUGUUUCUUUGCCAUUAUAAUGGGCCUGAACGCUGCAGCAGUUAGCCGCCUCAGCCAGACAUGGGAGAAAAUUCCUGGGAAAUUCAAAAAGCUGUUUUCGGAGCUGGAGACAGUUACAGAUCCUUCACUGAACCACAAGGCCUACAGGGACUCCUUCAAGAAGAUGAAGGCGCCAAAGAUCCCCUUUCUUCCUCUGCUACUGAAAGAUAUCACAUUCAUUCACGAAGGCAACAAGACCUUUCACGACAACCUGGUCAAUUUUGAAAAGCUGCACAUGAUUGCAGACACAGUGCGACUCAUCCGGCAGUGCCAGAAAGAUCACAUUGGAAAUGGCAUCACUCAGAAGAGCAGCUCCGAGGUGCGAGCCUACACUGAUUACCUUCAUAUCAUCGACAAUCAGCAGACUCUGUUUGAACUGUCACACAGGCUGGAGCCUCGUGCUUAGAGAGCAGCUCUCAACUGUACUCCCCCCUCUGUCAGCCAGACUGUUGGACUGCCACAGAACAAUCUAUCCCUGUCAUCUCACCUAUCUCUCAGGACUCAAAUCAGAGGAACACUGCGUGACCCUGGCCGACCACAGGAGGGGGCCACUAAAUCAGGAAACUCUCACCAGAGACAGGAAUAAGCAGCAUAAGGCACAUCUUAGGUUAGACUUAGGCCAACUUGUGCUGCCUGUCGGCAAGAAAAAGCAACAGCAGCAGCAGGUUACAGCUGGAGGUGUUGUCGACCAGUGUGUCCCAGCUCUGCAGAUCUAAAUUGCUGCUGCAGCUGCUAUUACAUCUCCUUUCCUACAGGUAGCAGAGGCUGGCAGGUGAAGAGCUGGUCUGAAAACAGCGCAACAGCUCCCCUCUGUGGUGAAUCAGUAGCCUGCACAAAAAGAGUCAUUUUGCAAGUAAAGUCCUUCCCAACCAAUAAAAAGCUACAAACAAUGACCAUGGAAACAAAGUGUUGAGCACGGAAGUUCACUCUCGGCCUUGAGAACAGAAGGAUCGACAAUUAGGUCCACUUACAAGCCUUUUCCAGAGCUUUUAACACAUGUCUUGUUACAUACAAUGAUUGAGAUUAGAUGCAGAAUGACUCACCAUGUUGUAUUUACAGACAGUGUGAAUGCAUUUGGCAACAGAGGUCCGUUUCAUAAGAUUUAACCAAAGAGUAUUUCAGUCCUUUACUGUGCACACACCUGUUUUCUCAAGAGUCUGACACGAUCCACAUGUUCUCUUUGCCUACUGCUGGACAUGCAGUCCCUUCUGAAUCAGUACAGUGUAUGUACAAAAAGCUGACGUCUCUGACUCAAGACUAUAGAGACACAGUGAAAAUGAUUGUUAAACCUACGGUUAAAUAAUUAACAUUUUCAUGUAUUAUUUUCAUGAUCUAUUUUUACAUCGCAGAAUUCUCUUACCACACGGUUUCCUAUUGUUUAAAGUGCGGUGUAUUAGAUGAGGCUUUGCACAAUUCAGAUGGAAUUAGCACAGGACAUUAGAAAAGAAUGUACAGCAUACUGUAACUGGGUGGGUGUUUGAGUUAUAAUCACGUUCCUUAGUGCCAAAUAUCAUAAAAACACCCACUCAAAUUAAUGCUAAUUGCUCAUCUUUUUAAAAGCACUGGCACAAGGAUCUCCAUGUAGCUGAGCUGUGGACAAUCAGUGAAAAUGAAACAGCCGAUGCCUCCUGUUACAUCUCUGUACUGGUCUUUAAAGUUCAGGUUAAAACACAAUACAAUGCAUUUUUCCUGCGUAGGAUCAUCCAUCCAGAGAGUUUAGCUUUGACAGUUACCAGAAAUUAGCAUUUCAAAAACACAAUAGUAACAUGUCUUUGCAAAGACAAUGGCAGGUUGUGACUCACGGUAACCCACAACAACCCUUCCUCUGAACAGUGUCACUGAGGCCUGCUUUCUAGUUAAACCAAAUGUUACACAGCUUCAUCACAGACCUCUUUUAUCCUCAGUAAAUGUAUAAACAGAUAUUAUAGAGGAAAAAUGAGUUUUAUUGUGUUUUUAGGCGAACUGUCCUCAUAAAGAGCAAUAGAAAAAUCAAAUACUGCAGCACCUUCUGGACAAAAAUAAGAAGAUAAAGUGGAAGAAGAAUGGAGGCAAUUUGCUUACGUACAAUGUGUAGUAACACAACUGUAUACAGCUGUAUAGUGUGUAGUCAUAGAAAAUAAUGUAUUUAUUCUCUAAAUUGGUCGACUAAAACAUGCUCACUUUUGCCCUAAGGUUAGCCCAUUUUAAGUAGGCGUCGUGAAGUGCUGUAGAUGGAAUUGUGCAUUAUAUUGUUUUAACUUUUAUUUGUAUAUUUUUGGAUUUUAAAGCCCACGGUGAACAUGGAGAUAACAUGCUUCUUUAGCAGUAUCUAUCUGAUUUUGAAUUUAAUUUUUAUCAUCAACAAAUGUACAGUUGAUUCUAUUUAUACUGUAUAAAUAUGUUGAAAUUCUGCAUACAGAGUUUUAUUUAUUUUAGAAUUAUUUAUUUAUCCUAUAUAUAUUACUUAUAUUAAUUCAUUUUAAUUUCAGUUUCAUUUUUUUUUGUACGCACACGUUUUGGCUGGUCUGCAUGAUAUGGCAAACCAUGGAUUGACCACCAGUGUUAACUGUGCAUGCAAUAAAAUAUUUUUCAUCA